CCAACACUGCACUGACUGCGAGCUGUCAAAACAAAUCGCAUCCCGGUCUUAAAAACAACACGUGCGUUUCGUGAGCAACGUUUCUGCUGAAUUUUGUUAAUUUUUGUAAGAAAUACGUUAAAUAUUAGUGGGUUUUCGUUGCACAACGAUAAUACAAGGGGUCAGCAAGAUGAAGUUGAAGGGCAGCAAGAAACAAAAGGCGGACCUGCAGAGCAUGUCGCUGGACAAUUUUCUGGAUAACAUGGACGCGGACCUGAGCGGAGGCGAAGAUGAGACCGCAGAGCUGGCGCCUCCACCGAAGAAGAAAAAACUGAAGCUGGACAAGGCGGAGCCGAAACAACCGAAGAAAAACGAGAAGCAGCCUGUAGAGGAAAAAAAUUUGGAGAAACCAUCAAAAGUGGAGAAACGAAAAGCGAAGAAAGGGAAGGCGGCGGAACCGGAAGAUGUGGCAGCAAAUGUGGAGAAAGGCGGUGGCCAAAAAGAUGUAGCCAAAGAGCACCAGGCAGCGCUGGACAAGUUGCAAAAGACCGAUCCGGAGUUGUAUGAGUUUUUGAAGAAAAAUGACAAAAAGCUGUUGAGGUUCGGGAAGAUGGCUGGAAGUGAUAAUGAGGAAGGCGAGGACGAGGAUGAUGAUGAUGAUGAUGAUGAGGAGGUAAACUUGGACGAUUUGAGUGAUGACGAGGAAGGAGACGGAGAAGGGGCGGUUCAUAAAUUGCCGGAAAAGUUAGAAGUUGCCAGCGAUGAGAGCGAUUACGAAGAGGAAGAAGAUGAUGACGAGGGCGAAGAGGAGCAGGAAGUUACGCCAGGAGUUCAGAAAAAGAUUACUUUAAAAAUGCUUAAAAAGUGGACGGAUGAUUUGACCACGACACCUUUGAAAAAGGUGGAUACUAUCAGAACAGUAUGCAAGGCAUUCAAUUCUGCGUUGGUGACGGUGACUGGAGAAACUAAUGUUAUUCCUGCGUAUAAGGCCGAAGGUCCAGCGAUUUUUAACGGCGUUGUGCAGCUAUGUGUGCUUCACCUUGGAAAUGCUGUUAAGAGCUAUCUAGGAUUGACGGGAUCAAAAGGAGUCAAAACUCUGAAGAAAAACAAAAAGUUCUCGAAGUUGCAAUCAUGUUUGAGGAUGUACUUCGUUGAUUUGACCAAUUUGUUGGAAAAUGUCUCUUCCAAUCACAUUAUGAAUGUACUUUUGAAGCAUUUGCAUCAAUUCAGCUCCUUUCUGGUGUGCUAUUCUUCUAUCACCAAACCAAUUCUGAAACGAUUGAUCGUCAUCUGGAGCACUUCCGAGGAAGAAUCAGUUCGAGUGUUGGCGUUCCUUUGCAUUUUGAAGAUUACCUGUGGUCAACAGCGUCGGUUCCUGAGCGAUGUCUUGAAGAACAUGUACCUGGCGUACGUGAAGAACAGCAAAUUUGUUAGCCCGAACACACUUCCAGGAAUCAAUUUCAUGCGACGAUCACUCACGGAAAUGUUCACCCUGGAUAUGACUGUUUCCUAUCAGCACGUUUUCCUCUACAUUCGCCAGCUUGCGAUCCAUCUGCGUAAUGCGGUAAUCCUACAGAAGAAAGACAGUUUCCAAUACAUCUACAACUGGCAAUACAUCAAUUCUUUAAAACUGUGGGCAGAUGUCCUAGCGGUGGCCUACAACAAGAAGGAACUGGAACCUCUGGUUUAUCCACUGGUAAGCAUCAUCACCGGGGUGAUCAAGUUAAUCCCCUCGGCACAAUACUUCCCUCUUCGAUUCCAUUGCUGCCGGAUGCUGCUGGACCUCUCAGCAAAAACCAGAGUCUUCAUCCCGGUUCUUCCGUUCAUCAUCGAAGUGCUCAAUUCUAACAGUUUCAACGAAGAACACAAGAAGCUUUCAAUGAAACCGGUAAAUCUGACUUGCCUUCUCCGCUUUGCCCCAGCCAACAUCCAAGAGAACGCCUACAAGGAUGCAGUACUCGAUCAAAUCUACGAACUCUCUCUGGAGUACCUCGCGCACGAAUCCGCCUCUAUCUGCUUUCCGGACAUGGUGGUUCCGGUUGUUUCCGCUUUCCGAUCUUUUUGCAAGUCCACCAAAGUGUACAAAUAUUCCAGAAAAAUCAAACUUCUCAGCGACAAGAUCGUUGAGAAUGCUGCCUUCAUUGAAAAGGAACGCAAAGUGCUCCCGUUCCGACUGAAGGAUAUUGCCGAUAUUCAAAGCUGGGAAGCUACCCGCAAGGCCAAGGGUACCCCGCUGCUGACCUUCUACGAGAGCUUCGCGAAAGAAAACGAAAAGAUUAAACGGCGGCAGGCAACCCAAUCGGAGAAUAUCAGCGACUACAAUCUACCGACCAUCAAGAAACCAGACCAGAAGAAGCAGAAAGCACCCAGGGAAGGACCGGUGGAGCUGUUCCCCUCCGACGAUGAGGAAGACGACGAUUCCGGAAAUGGACCUGAACUGGACGAUUCGAUGGAGGAGGACGAACAGCAGCAGGUUUCCAAGCAGAAGGGCAAGAAGGAUAAGAAGAAGAAGCUGAAGAAGGUCGAUGGUGGCGAAGACAAGAAGAAGAAAAAGAAGCAGAAGAAAUCGAAGGUAGGUGCUGGGGAAGCGGAAUAUCCGCUGGAAAAGAGCGUCGACGGUGAACAAGUAGACAUUUUGAAGGAUUUGACCUUGGACGAUUGGGAGUGAUUGUCGUCGAUGUGAAUGGUAUGUAUGUGUAUGUUUCUUUUUGCCUAAAUAAAUGUUUAUCUUUAAACAGAA